AUGGCGUCCGUCCACACCGCGCCUCGCGCGCCGCUACCCGCCACGGGGCCCUCCUCGUCCUCGCCGCAGCUGGACCCGAACCCUAGCCGAUUCCUCGCCGCGCGCCGCCUCCGCGUCCGCCGCCUGGCGGGCGCCGCGCCGACGCCGACGCGCCGCGCUCUCGACGCGGCCUCCGUGUUCCGCUGCGGCGCGCGCAGCCCCGGCGCCGACUCCGGCGGCGAGCGCCGCCGGGGCUGGGACGCGCUCUUCCACGGCGCCUUCCAGGGAGCCGUGCGGCGGUGGAGCGAGUACGUCGGCAGCCGCUGGCCCUCGACGCCCGCCUCGAAGGAGGCCGGCCCGGGGAAGAGGGCGGAGAGCUCUCGCCAACCGGAGGAGAAGGUGGAGGAAGACGGCGAGGGCAGGGAGGUGGAGGACGGAGAGGGGAAGUGGAGCUGGGAGAGGUGGAAGCAGCACUUUGCUCUUAUUGAGGAGAGCGAGGGCCUUGUUGAUGAACUGCAGCUACAACUCCGGACUGCUGUGUAUAGAGAAGACUAUAGGAGUGCUCACAAACUGAAGUUGGCCAUUAUUUCUACAUCAAGAAAUGAUACUGUUGGCAGAGCAAUAUCUGACUUACAUAGGGCCGUAGAAGAGGAGCGUUAUAUGGAUGCAGCUCAUAUUAGAGACCACGCUGGUGCCGGACUGUUGGGAUGGUGGUCUGGAAUUUCCGGAAGUUUGUCUGAUCCAUAUGGUCUUAUAAUUCGUAUAAGCGCUGAACAUGGACGUUACGUUGCAAAAAGUUACGAUAUCAGGCAGCUGGGUUCAGAUGGUCAUGGUUUCCCUAUAUUCGAAAUUUAUUUUGCAGAGGCAAAUGGAGGAUACAACCUGCAGGCAGUGCAUCUGAAACCAGAUGCCAGUGAUUCAGACCAGUUGCCAAGUAUGUUGAGUGGAAAGAUAGACAUCAACAGUAUGAACAUUUCUAGUAGUUCCUUAGGGGCUAAGCAUGAGGAACACGACGAAGGCAUAAAUAUGGAUGAUCAAAGUAGUGAUGACAGUGACGUUGCUGCUGGGCCAGCUGGUUUGAAGAAUUUGUCAAACGAUUCACCUCCAGUUCCCAGGAUCAAAAUAUUGAAAGUGGCACCUAUGGAAAAUAUCAACCAAGACUAUAUAAUUAAAAUCUUUGACCAGAUGUCAGAGGAAGAUGAUGAAAAUGAUGAUGCUGAGAUCGAAAAUGAAUCUUCACAAGAUAUUGGUGAUGAAGAUAACAAUGAAGAAGCAGAAAUAAUUUCAGCAGAAGAGAAUAAUAAUGAGUCUGGCGAGGAAAGUGAUAUUGAAGCCCUACUAUCAAUAGGAAUUGAAAUUGAGAACGGCAAGGAAUUUGCUUCUCAGUCAUCACCUAAAACCUUUGAACGUAUGCCUGCUAAAUUAGACAAGAGAGACCGCUUUUCAUUCUCCUUCUAUACUGAACAGUCGAGUAAAAAGCCAGAUGCAGAAAGGGCUCAGCAGAUUCCGAAGAAGCGAGUUGGCUUCCGUACCAUUGAACAGGAUGGUGAUCUAAAGUUUGAUCGUGUAAAGUUGGCUGGGGGCAACAGGAAACUACCGAUAUUGCAACUUGGUCUUAAGCAACACAAUAACAAUGUUCAGCCAAAACUAUAUGGAGUUACCCACUUCAGCCGUAUUCAGAUGCCUAUCUCUUCCGAUCCUCUUAGUGGCUUAUAUGAGACUGCAUCUGGAUUCGACUCAGAAGUCCUUAGUUUACAACGGAAAUUCGGUCAAUGGCAGGAGGAUGAUUCACCUGAGGAGCAUGUGGAUCUUAAAUUUUACGAGUACGUCGAAGCUGUCAAAUUGACUGGGGACAAUCUUGUACCAGCGGGUCAGGUUGUCUUCCGUGCCAAAGUUGGCAAACACUAUCUGCUCCCUCAUAAGGGAAUCAUCCCUAGAGAACUCGGAGUGGUUGCUAGGUAUAAGGGGCAAAGGAGAAUUGCAGAUGCUGGUUUCCAAAAUCCUCGGUGGGUUGAUGGCGAGCUUUUGAUACUAGAUGGAAAGUUCAUCAGAGAUGGUCCUGUGAUAGCUUUCUUUUACUGGACAUCAAAUCUCCAUCUUUUUGAAUUCUUUAGGCGGCUGAGUCUUCCUGACUAGGUUGACUUAAAGAGCUGCAGUUGAAGGAGACUGAACAUUGAAUUUCUGUGCACUUGUUACCAGGUCUGUCGACAAUCACAAAUGCUGUUGUACAGUUUACAGAUGAUAAUGUACAUAGUUGCCUUUCGAGCAAACUUGACUUUCAUCUGGCAUCACAUUUUCCAAAUACGGGGUUUGUUUCAAAGAUGACCCUGCAAUAUGAUGAUGACAACAUGGGAGUGCCAUUCACAUAGAAAGCUGUAAAAUUGAAGGGCGAGAAAUUGAAGCCAGAGAAGAAAUCUGCCAACUUGAAGGGUGAGCAUUUCUCAUUCUGGGUUGAGGUCAAGACUUGCUACAUCAGAAGCAGAUAAGAGUAACUUAUUUCGAGAACAAGUAGAACUGUAGAAGUGAAGACUUGGCCUUCAUACAGGGCCAUUUUGUAUGUGAAAUAUAAGCAACAAUUUUUUGCAGCGUGGUGAAAACUUGAGUGUGUUAUCGCGUAACUAAGGUCACCGUUCAAACCGGUCAUCGGAGAUAUAGACUGAUGUAUAUUUAUACAGCUCGAUGCCAAUAUAUUCAAUUAUGUUGAACUA